AUGGGAAAAUUCACUUUCAUCUUCCUUCUUUUUACCCUCUUCUCGUCACAUUUUGUUGCUUCAAGCCUUGGAAAGAAGCAAAGUGAUGUUCUUGGCCAAUUUUACAAGGCCAAGCAAAAGAAGUUUUCAUCCAUUAGUAAAAGUUAUUUUAAGGCAGCCCUUGAAAAUGUAGAAUUAGACAAAGUUAUUCUUCCUCAGGAUGGACUUAAAGAAAAAGAUUGGAUCAAUAAAUUGCCUGGACAACCACCAGUGAAGUUUCAACAAUAUGGUGGAUAUGUCACCGUUAAUGAAUCUUCUGGUCGUGCUUUGUAUUAUUACUUUACUGAAGCCGAGAAUUCCAAGUCACUACCUUUGCUGCUUUGGUUGAAUGGAG